GAUCAAUAUUGUGCUCUGACAGGAUUCAAACGAUUCAGGUGCAUCAGUCUUGAAAAGUUACUGACUUCGGGCAAGGAUUUCUUCUUAUACGGAUCUGACAGCAUUCUGCAACAAUGUCUCAAGGAGUGCCAGACAAGGAGGUGCAGCAGAUGAUCAAGGACGAGGAGAAGCUGAUUCAGGAGGACCCACUUCACGACGUGAAGGAGGAAAUUCUUCACGAAGUUGAUGUCACGAAGAGCGUGCAGGACUCAGGCGAGACGUCGCCACCCCCUCAAUCCGUUGCAGGGGAGGGAGUUGUGAAGAGCGAUGUCGCACCCGUGUUUGCUGAAGAGUACAAGAAGGAUCACGGGGCGGAGAAGCAACCGGAGACCAAGAAGGAGCAGUAAGUGAGUUCAUCAGAAUUGAUUUCAAGCAUAAUGAGCGGCUGUUCUCCAAGCUCGUGAUACCCAGUUGUCUUGAAUCGGGAAAGACCAGACAGGUGAAUUCGCUCGAGCUAGGGAGGCAAGAAACGCGGGGAUUGUCAGGAUUGGAAAAAGAUUUAGUCUGAGAUGGAAGUGUAGCCGCUAGAUUGCAUAUGAGGUUUGUUUUGUCAUAACUCCUGGAUUCCUCACCAGGUUUGAUCGCAAUCGCGGUUGAUGUAAGUAGCUUGUGUACAUAAACAUUGUUUCGCUUGUCUGCAAAAUUUGUGUGGUCAGGAUCUGGUUUCCUCCCAUCUCUGCCUUUACUAUGUGG